AUGGCCCGAAAGGCGUCUGGGAGGCCGCCGGAGGAAGCGCUGUGGCUCUGGAAACGGGAGCAAGCCUUGUUGAAGACACUUGUCGUGGACCGGGACACGGAGGCGUGGCAACGGGACCCCGCUUUUUCGGGUCUGCAGAGGGUCGGGGGCGUGGAUGUGUCCUUUGUGAAGGGCGACAGUGUCAGCGCCUGCGCCUCCCUGGUGGUGCUCAGCUACCCUGAGCUCGAGGUGAUGUAUGAGGACUGUCGCAUGGUGAGCCUGACAGCCCCCUACGUGUCAGGCUUCCUGGCCUUCCGAGAGGUGCCCUUCCUGGUGGACGCGGUGCAGCAGCUGUGGGAGAAGGAGCCCCGCCUCAUGCCCCAGGUCCUUUUUGUGGAUGGAAAUGGGGUGCUCCACCACCGAGGCUUUGGGGUAGCCUGCCACCUUGGUGUCCUCACAGACCUGCCCUGCAUUGGGGUGGCCAAGAAACUGCUGCAGGUGGAUGGGCUGGAGAACAACGCUCUGCACAAGGAGAAGAUACGGCUCCUGAAGGCUGGAGGAGACUCAUUUCCUCUGAUGGGAGGCUCCGGGACCGUCCUGGGCAUGGCCCUGAAGAGCCAUGACCACAGCACCAAGCCCCUCUAUGUCUCUGUGGGCCACAAGAUGAGCCUGGAGGCAGCCGUGCGCCUGACCCAUGGCUGCUGCAAGUUUCGGAUCCCGGAGCCUGUGCGCCAGGCUGACAUCCGCUCCCGAGACUACAUCCGCAGGACCCUGGGAGUCCAAGGGGCCCCUGCCUUGCGGCCAGAAAGGAGCAAGAAGGCACAGAGCCCAAAGGCGUGCCCUCAGGGAGCCUCAGAAGAGCCCGCAGGUACCUUCAAGGGGACUCCUUCAGGCAGGGAGGCCUAUCCCAGGUUCUCAUCUGUGGUCCUCCCCAGAUUGCCCCAGCUCUCCCUGCCUCUGGACUGA